CUUUUGAACAUUUACUUGAAGCGAAUUUUAUUAUGAUUAUUGGAGCAGUAUUAUUGUGGGGAGAUGAAACAAAAUUAAUCGGAAAAGUUGGAUUUAUCACAACAUCAGGUUUUAUAGUUUUAAGUGGAAUUAUAACAUUGAUAUUAUCCAUUCGAAAAAAGCUUAUAAAUGAAACCUCCAAGAAAGAAAUUCAAACUGUAACAAUUGAUGAUGAAAAUUUAAACGAUUUACUUGAUUUAGAGUUGCUAAAAAAAUUAACCAAAGAAAUCAAAUAG